CAAUAGAUCGGAGUCAAAGUGUGCGGCUCCAAACGAAUUUUUGCGCUAGAUCAUCCCAAAGAGGUUAGCGUUUAGGCAGCUGUGGACAGGAUCACAACAGCAAGCAUAAGGAAUAUUUCGAGUGUGUAGCGACUUCCAUUGCGUGUGAAGCAAACUGUGAAAAUCGGUAGAGAAAUAUAAAAGUGCUGUUGGAGUGCUUAAUAUAACGGUGUGUUGAAUUUUUGACGAGUUAUUCGAAAAAAAAGGAUUUUUAAAAAUUUUGCUUUCGUUCCAUAUAUUGUGCGGUGUUUGAAUAUUUCUGGGAAGAGCAGUCUUCGAAUAUUUCUGGGAGGAUAUUAAACUGCGCUGAAAAUGAGAGUGCAACUCUUCAUAACGCUAUUAGCUGUAGCGCAAAGCGCACGGUUGGACAACAAAUACCUGCCACCACCGGCAAGUGCAGCCAGUGCGGGUGGCGGUCCGGGCCUGCAAGGUCCUGGCGGUAGUAAUUUUGGACUUGGCGGUUUUUCAGGCGCCGGCGGUCCUAGUCGGCCCAUAGGCGGUGGUGGUGCUCCCGGUGGAUUUAGUGGCGGUAGCUCGCCCGGUGGUGGUUUUGGUGGUGGCGGUCGUCCUGGUCCCUCGGGGCCUGCACAACCUUCCGGCCCACCAAUACCAAUACUGUCGUACGUAAACGAAAAUGAUGGCGACGGUAAUUAUCGCUUUAGUUAUGAAACCGGUAAUGGCAUUAAGGCAGAAGAAGAGGGCACAAUUAAAAAUAAGGGCUCAGAAAAUGAAAUUGCCUCUGUAAUGGGCACGUAUUCGUACACAAAUCCGGAGGGUCAACUUGUUGAAAUUUCAUAUAUUGCUGAUGAGAACGGCUUUCAACCAUCUGGAGAUGCCCUGCCAACCCCACCCCCAAUUCCUGAUGAAAUUGCUAAGUCUUUGGCAGCGCAGGGUAUCUCAGUAGCACCUGGCGGUGGCUACACCGGCGGACCUGGUACUGGAGCUGGUGUAUAUGGCGGCGCAGGUGGUGGAGCAGGAGCUGGUGGCUAUGGUGGUGCCGGACGUGGUGGUACUGGUGGUGGAUAUGGUGGCGGAUCCGGAGCUGGCGGUGCAGGAACUGGUGGAGCUCCAGGUUUUGGUGGCGGUUCUGGUACCGGAGGUGGUUCAGGAUAUGGUGGUGGUGCUGGCGGUCGUGGGCCAGGAGGCGCGCCAGGUUAUGGUGGUGGUCCCGGAGCUGGUGGUGCCCCAGGUUUUGGUGGUGGAGCUGGUGGUCGUGGAACAGGAGGAGCACCGGGAUACGGAGGCGGUCCAGGAGCGGGUGGGGCACCAGGCUUUGGUGGUAGUCCCGGUGCAGGCUCAGCUCCAGGUUUUGGAGGUGGUGCUGGUGGUGCAGGUGGUCGUGGACCCGGCGGACCAGGAGCAGGCGGAUUCGGCGGAGGAGCAGGUGGUGGUGCAGGUGGUGGUCGUGGGGCUGGAGGUGCAGGCGGAGGUGGAUAUAACUAUGGCCCCGGCGGGGCAGGUGGUCCUGGAGCUGGAGGAGCUGCUGGUUUUGGUGGUGGAGCUGGUGGUCGGGGUCCUGGAGGAUCUGGUGCUGGUGGUGCUCCCGGUUUCGGAGGCGGUACUGGUGGUCGUGGUAGCGGAGCGGGUGGUUCGGGAGCUGGAGGCUAUGGUGGUGGCCCCGGUGCUGGUGGUGCACCUGGUUUCGGUGGUGGUGCUGGAAGACCCGGAACCGGAGGGGGUGCACCUGGCUUCGGCGGUGGAUCUGGAGGUCGUGGAACUGGUGGAGCCGGUGGUCAAGGCGGUUAUGGUGGAAGUGCUGGCGCGCCUGGAUUCGGCGGCGGUCCCGGGGGCCGUGGACCAAGUGGCACUGGCGGUGCACCUGGCUUUGGAGGCGGUGCUGGUGGUCGUGGUCCGGUAGGUCCAGGAGCUGGUGGUUAUGGCGGUGGUUCUGGUGCUGGUGGUGCACCUGGUUUUGGUGGUAGUGCUGGAAGACCUGGAACUGGUGGUGCUGCACCUGGCUUCGGCGGUGGAGCUGGAGGUCGUGGAACUGGUGGAGCCGGUGGUCAAGGAGGUUAUGGUGGUGGUGCUGGCGCGCCUGGAUUUGGUGGCGGUGCUGGUGGUGCACCCGGUUUUGGAGGCGGUGCUGGUGGUCCCGGUGGACGCGGCGGUGGUGGCCCUGGCGCUGGCGCUGGUGGUUUUGGUGGUGGUCGCGGUGGAGCUGGUGGACCUGGUACACAGUACGUGCCACCAGCUGCAGGUGGCGCUCCCGGGGGUGGACCAGGUGCUCCCGGUCGGCAUGGGAGUGGUGAAUUCAAUCCACAAACCGGCUAUAAUUAUUAAAAUGUCGGUGUUGAUAUCAAACCUCGAGACGAUCGCCCUCCACAAUACGCUGACGCUAUUCCAAAAUACGCUGCCCAUUAUACACCUAAAUACUCAUAAGUGCGCACUUACUUAAAUUUGCGUCAGUAAAUUUAGGUCCUUAUCUACAAAAUGUGCCUCUUUAGCGUUAAUUUAUUUUCGCAAGCUAAAGCUGCUUUUCUCAAUCACUCGUAUCUUCAGUUCAUCUGUUAAAUAAAUCCACCCACUAUACAUACAUUCUAAUUUACUAUAAACAAACUUGUGUACAUAAAUAUUUGUAUAAACCAUUAUAAUGAUAAUUCGUUUAAGAAAGUGAAUAUUUUAAAUGGCUAGUGAAGAAGAAGAGAAAAGAACGUAUCGUUAUAAAACUAUAUUUUUCUGUGAAUGUUUAGCCUAUAAUUUUUCUGUAUAUAAAUAAGUAUCUGUUUGAUGUUUUAUUUACCGUUUCCAUUUGUGUUAACAUAACUGUUUUCUUUUUCAUUUUAAUUGUAAUGAUUUCUAUGUACUCGUAUUUAGGAAAAACAAGAUGUGUAAAUGAACGAAUAAAACCAUGUUCGAAAAAUUAAA